AUGAAUGUCAUAAACACAAGUGUUUCCCUCAAUAUCUCAAUUGUGCGUCCUGAAUACUUUUUUAUCACUGGACUUUCAGGUAUCCCAUACACACGCUAUCACUAUAUUUUCUUGUUUUGCAUUUAUUUUAUUAGUGUUAUUGAGAACUCUGCAGUUCUUGUCAUUAUAGUUGUUAACAGGAGUCUGCAUAGCCCAAAGUACAUUGGUGUGUUUAAUUUAGCUUUGGCUGACUUGGGUAUAACAAAUGCCCAGAUUCCUAACAUAGUUCGGACUUUUCUUUUCGAGUCACAGUACAUCUCUUAUAAUGCUUGUUUAGCCAAUAUGUCAUUGGUUUAUUUCUUUAGUGGUGCACAGGUUUUCACUCUUGUUGUUCUGGCAUACGAUCGGUUCACUGCAAUAUGCCUGCCGCUCAGGUAUCAUACUCUUGUGACGAAUACUGUCAUGUUUGUGCUUUUUUCAAUAAUAUAUACAUUUACUGCUGUAAUGAUAAUUAUAAUGGUGCAUUUUAUCAGCCGCCUUUCAUUCUGUAAAUCUAAUGUAAUAGAAAGUUAUUUUUGUGAUCAUGGACCAGUGUUCAGGUUGGCAUGUAAUGAUUAUAGCAAUAGCUUUUCUCACGGAAAGCUUAUUACAGUUGUAUACCUUCUAGGACCAUUUCCCAUUAUAGUCCUGUCAUAUCUAGCCAUUGUUCUUGUUUUAAGCAAAAUCACAAAUUGGGAAGGAGGUAUUAAAGCUCUAAGGACGUGUGCUUCGCAUCUUUUGGUGGUGGGGUUAGUUUAUCUUCCGAAGACUUGCCUUUAUGUUAUAGGAUUUACAACAACUGUUUCUCUCAAUGCGAGAAUCAUCAGCUCAUCGCUUUCUUAUGUCAUUCCACCAAUGUUAAAUCCAAUGAUUUAUGUGUUGAACACAGCUGAAAUCAAAGACACAAUUCGAAAAGCAUUCAAAAACAGAUCUGGACCGGGUGUUUAA